AUGGGAGCUGGUGAUUGCAUUGAAGAAGAAGAAGACGUAGGAUCACCGGAUCACCAUAACAAUGGCAGCAAAGGAUUUGAUAAAUCCAUCUCAAAGAAAACCCCCAGUCGCUAUGAUUCUUUCACUGAUGAAACCGGCAGUGCUCAUCAUCAUCAACGUCGCCAGGCGAGUGAUUGGGGGACCGUGUUGAAGCUUGCGUUUCAGAGCAUUGGAAUUGUGUACGGUGAUAUAGGGACAUCACCACUGUAUGCGUUGCCUGGCAUUUUUCCAGAUGGAAUCAAAGACAAUGAAGAUCUUCUUGGUGCAUUGUCUCUAAUCUUCUACUCCAUCAUACUCAUCACCCUGAUCAAGUAUGUGUUCAUCGUUUUGGCUGCAAAUGAUAAUGGCGAAGGAGGAACUUUUGCUCUGUAUUCUCUUAUAUGCCGAUAUUGCAAGGCUAGUUUGAUGCCAAACCACCAAAAAGAAGACAAUGAAGUGUCUAAUUAUAAGCUUGAAGUGCCAAGUACCGGCCUCAAAAGAGCUUCAUUUGUCAAGUCUAUGCUGGAGAAUACCAAAGUUGCCAAGUACACUCUCUUGUUCGUCACUCUACUUGGUACCUCAAUGGUCCUUGGCGAUGGCAUCUUAACACCUUGCAUUUCAGUGUUGUCGGCAAUGGGUGGAAUAAAGGUAGCUGCACCAGACAUGACAGAAGAUUUGAUUGUGUGGGUUUCAGUGAUCAUCUUGAUUUUCUUGUUCCAACUUCAGAGAUUUGGAACUGAUAAAGUUGGCUACUCUUUUGCACCGAUCCUUGCUCUUUGGUUCGUCUCAAUUGCACUCAUAGGUAUCUUUAACUUCUUCAAGUACGAUCCUGGUGUAAUCAAGGCCAUAAAUCCAUGGUACAUAGUUAGGUAUUUUGCGAGGAACAAAAAAGACGCUUGGAUUUCUAUGGGUGGAGUUAUUUUGUGUCUCACAGGUUCUGAAGCAUUGUUCGCUGAUUUGGGUCAUUUUAAUGUCCGAUCGAUUCGGAUAAGUUCAUGUUCUCUAGUCUUUCCAUCCAUCCUUUUUGCCUAUUUUGGUCAAAUAUCGUAUCUCCGAAAGCACAACGAAGAUGUUCUCGAUACCUUUUAUAAAUCAAUUCCAACAACAUUGUUUUGGCCAAUGUUUAUCGUGGCAGUUAUGGCUGCCAUUAUUGCUAGCCAAGCAUUGAUCUCAGCUUCUUUUUCAAUUAUCCACCAGUCUAUGGCACUUGGUUGCUUUCCAAGGGUUAAGAUAGUUCACACAUCAACUCAAUUUGAGGGACAAAUUUAUGUACCAGAGAUAAAUCACCUUCUCAUGUUAGCAUGUCUUGGUGUCACCAUUGGCUUCAGAAACACUUUGAAGAUUGGCAAUGCGUAUGGACUUGCCGUGGCUUUUGUGUUUCAAGUCACAUCCGGAUUUCUUCUUAUUGUGAUGAUCAUGAUAUGGAAAACAAACAUUAUCUUCAUCAUUCUAUAUGUGGUGUUCAUUUCUUUUAGUGAACUGGCUUUUUUGAGCUCAGUCGUCUAUAAAUUUGUUGAUGGAGGAUACCUUCCGUUAUUAUUUGCUGCCCUCCUAGUAACCAUCAUGUACAUAUGGAGUUAUGGCUAUCGGAAGAAGUACAUGUACGAGCUCGAAAACAAGGUGUCAUCAAGCAGACUAGCAGAAAUAGCAAGCGAUCCCGUCAUUCACCGUGUACCGGGUGUUGCCCUAUUCUACACAGAAGUAGUCCAAGGCAUAUCCCCUAUAUUCACGGGCUAUAUUAGGAAUGUCUCGACUCUACAUACAGUUUUAGUUUUUGUCUCGAUUAAAGUACUCCAUAUUGGCAAAGUCCCUCCUGAAGAGAGAUUCUUGUUUGGGAGACUAAAGCCUCAUGAUCUAGCCUUGUACCGAUGCGUGGUGAGGUAUGGAUAUAAAGAUGCAAGGACAGAAUGGGAGUCAUUCGAGGAGAUACUGCUGACUCAAUUGAAGGAUUUCAUGCUGAAAGAGUCAUUUGUGGUGGGCGAGAUCGAAGAUAAUGAAGUUAGCGACCAAGAAAAGGCGAAUCUCCACAACCAAGAGGUUCAGAAACAACUAGGACUAGUGGACGAGGCAUUGAAGAAUGGAGGGAUUGUUUACAUGUUGGGGGAGACUGAGGUGAUUGCAUCUCGGGGGUCUAGUUACUUGAAAAAGUUUGUAAUAGAUUACUGCUAUAAUUGGUUAAAAAGAUGUGUGAGGCAGUCCGAUGAGAUCUUCAUGAUUCCGAGAAGGCGGUUACUCAAGGUUGCAAUGACUGCUGAAGUUUAAGUUCCGAUUAUGAUGUUCAGCUGAUCUCCCAUGGUGUUUUAGAAACAAAUAAGGUAAAUUGCAGUAACCACCAGUAAGUAUUAUAUCUACGUGGUUUUUUUAUAGGCUUUAGUUUGUACUGAUAAAAUUUAUAGACUUUUUCUGGAUUUUUCAAGUUAAU